CCGCCUCAGCCAUUUUCAAAGGAUUACAGCCAUGGACGAAGGCGAUAUUCGCCUCGUGAAAGUACCCAUCUCCCUUGCAACGAUCCUGGAGUAUGUGGGAGACAGUAAGAGGUGUCUCAUUGAAGGCGAAGAUGUUCUAAAUUGCGAGCACGUAAUAGAAUGCAGCGUCGCGCCCGGGCCAGCUUUGGGUGUCCUUCGCGUCGUAGGCUACGUGCUGCAAUCGUCAGCGCUCCACGGCGAGCCACACACCGUGAAUUUGGAUCUUAAUCACGGAGAGAUCCUAAGCAUUUCCUGUUCAUGCGUGGCAGGGAACUCAAGCCGGUGCAAGCAUUGUGUAGCUGUGCUGCUUAAGGCAAACCGGAUGCGUGAACUACCGCAGCUCUCAAGUACUGAUUUACCACAGGCGUGGGGUCAGCACGCCAAAGAGCUUGUGAAAGUCAAGUAUGCCCCAACGACGCUGACAAAGGUUCCUUUCUGUCCAAAGUGUCGUGACCUGCAGAUCUGA